AUGCCCUCCGCAGAACCCGACCCAGUCCAAAGAUUCAAGGCCAUCGGCGUCGUCGGCGCCGGCAACAUGGGCUCGAUGAUGGCCUUCGCCUUCUCAGAACUAGGCCUGGACGUAUCCAUCUGGGACGUGCAAAAGUCCAACGUGGACCAGGUCAUGCGAUGGGCCAAGGAAGCCAAAACCAACCGCGGCACGAUCAAGGGCUACUACAACGUGGACGAGUUCACCCGCAGCCUGGAAGGGAAAGGGGAGCGGAAGCUGUUCAUGUUCUCCAUCACGCAUGGCCACCCUGCGGAUUCCGUGCUGGGUAUGAUCAAGCACGAUCUGAAGAAGGGGGACAUCAUUCUCGACGGGGGCAACGAGAACUACCGACGGACAGAGCGGCGGCAGCGUGAAUGUGCGGAGAUUGGGGUCAGCUGGAUCGGUAUGGGUGUUUCCGGGGGUUAUCAGUCUGCGCGGCAUGGUCCCAGCUUGUCCCCUGGCGGGAAUCCCAAGGCGUUGGAGUUGGUGAUGCCGCUGCUGCGGCUGUACGCGGCCAAGGAUCCCAAGACGGGCAAGCCGUGCGUGACGAAUGUUGGCCCCGGUGGUUCGGGGCACUACGUGAAGAUGGUACACAAUGGCAUUGAAGGGGGGAUGUUGUCGACCCUCGCCGAGGCCUGGUCGUACAUGCAUCAUGGACUGGGGCUCACCUACGAUGAGAUCGGAGACAUCUUCGCCAAGUGGAAUGAGUCCGGCGAGCUGAAGCGCAACUACCUGGUCAAGAUCGGUUCGGAUGUCUGUCGCACCAAGAGAACGCCCAAGGGCGACUACAAGGGCGAAGGCGCGAGCAGGGACAACGGCUAUGUGCUGGACGAUGUGCUCGACAAGGUUGUCCAGGACGACGACGGGACCGAAGGCACGCCGUACUGGUCCAUCAUGGAGUCUGCCAUGCGCCAUGUCUCCUGUCCCACGCUGGCUGCAGGCCACUACAUGCGCAUCGCCAGCGGGAAUCGCGACGAGAGGCUGCGCGUCGCCAAGAAGCUCGCCAUGCCCAUCCCCAAGCCGGUCGAGGGCAUCAAGGACAAGACGCUCUUCAUCGAGAACCUGCGCCGCGCCGUCUACUGCUGCUUCCUGGCCUCCUUCUGCCAGGGCCUCGAGCUGAUCGCGCGCGCCUCAGAAGACGAAGGCUGGAACAUCCACCUGGGCAACUGUCUCCAGAUCUGGCGAGGCGGCUGCAUCGUCCAGUCCGAGUACAUCGCGGACCUGCUCGAGCCGGCCCUGUCCUCCGAUAUCUGUCUGUCGAACAUCAAGUUCAUCGACGAGGUCUCCCGCGAGCUGCACAGGAACUUCGAGCCGCUGAAGGAGAUCAUGAUGCAUGCCACAGCUGCCGACCAGUAUGUGCCGGCCAUGUCGGCCACGCUCGAAUAUCUCAAGUACAUCGGAGGCACCAUGAUCCCGACCAAGUUCAUGGAGGCUCAGAUGGACUACUUUGGUGCCCAUGCGUACAACAAGCCUAACAUUCCCGGGGAAGACCCUGGUCCGGUCAAAAAGGGGCCGCAUCAUUAUGAGUGGCUUCCGGCGUAG